AGCUGGCAGAGGGAGGGUUUAUCCCACUGCUCCGCAGAAAUGGUAACUUUGUUUCGCUGGAAGAGAGCUGGUAACUGCCGAAGCGAAUAGACUGGAUUCCCGAACAAAUAAAAAAAUAUCUUAAUGUAACAUUUUUUUUUUUUUUACUUUUACUUUUGGCUAAAAAUAAUCCCACGUAGAGGACCAUUAAAGUGGAAUGAGUAGCAUGACCUGUUGCCUGUCUUCCUCGCCGUGUAGUUAACUACAAUCCAAGAUGUUGCUUUGUGGAUGGGAUGGCGUCUGGUGCAGUUUGUGUGCGGACUCGUAGCUUCGUCGGAGUACGAACAUUUACGCCUAAAUUAAUUGCCUAACUCUUCUUUCCUGGGAAGAUGCAUGUGUCUCUGGCAGAAGCCCUGCAAGUUCGAGGGGGGCCGCUCCAGGAGGAGGAGGUAUGGGCGCUGCUCAGUCAGAGUGCAGAAAGCGUCCAAGAACUUUUUAACAAAGACCCAGCAGCCAUGGGCUUCAUCAUCUCACCCUGGUCCCUCCUCCUCAUGCCCUCUGGCAACGUUUCAUUUACAGACGAGUAUGUCACCCAGGAGGACUUAAGAGCUUUCACAGCCCCAGAGGUCAUGGAAGGCAACCCCUUGAAUUCAGUUUCUGACAUUGAAAAGAUGCAUAUGUAUUCACUGGGAAUGACAUUAUUUUGGGGAGCAGACUAUCAGAUCCCUCAAAGCCAGCCCAUGAAGCUGGGGGAACACCUGAACGGUCUACUGCUCAACAUGUCUGAUGACAUUACGUUGAGUCGGAUGUCGCUACGCACGGUGCUGGACAUCUGCAGCAAGCACAUCAGGAACUCCACCUGUGACCCUCCUUUCUCCUACAUUAGAAAACUGGUCCGGUUGGUGCUUGGCAGUCUCUCUCAGCUGGAUGGUCUGCUGACAGAUAGAGAAUCUCUUCCAGAGCGGAGUAAGGAGAUACGAGAGCGGUUGAGAGGCAAAGGCUUGCCAUCCGGGAGGAGUGCCGCCCCCAGAGUUUUGGAGCGCUACAAAGCCAGAACUCAGGAGCAAGCGGCUCUCAAUCGGGGCCUCAGUCGAUCUAUGGGCUCGCUCCCGAUGCUGGACUUGCUGAAGGGAGAAGAGGGUGCAGCUCCCCACAGUUCCCUGUCCGAGUAUCACACAAACUCUGACUCUUCCGCAGAACUCUACUCCAAAGCCCCCUCACUCCAGCACCAGCUUUCUUACCCCUAUCUGCACCCACUGCACCCCCAGAUGAAGGGGCGGCCUGUGGAGCUGGACCGCAGGUCUUUACCCUACCAAGUCACAGACAGAGGGCCGAGUCAGCCAAGAAAGACCUGGGCCUCCUCUGUGGACUUGGCUUACAUUGACCCAGAAGCUCUUCGUUUUGGAGCUUUGGAAGAUGCCCGGAGAGGAAGCAGUGUCUUAAGCACGCAUUCUGUGGGGAGGCGGAAAUCACCUUUGUCUGUGGCCAAGGAGGUGGAUUAUCGGUACUAUGAGUUUGGUGAGCUGAAGGGCAGAAUGCCUCAUCACUUCUCUGCCCUGUCUGUCGGCUCCGGGCUCCCUGCCGCAUAUGACAGGAUCAAGGAAAGACAGAGGAAACUCCAGGCACUACAGCAGGCGGUAAACGACCCUGUUCACACCCACCAAAGGUAUCACAGUGAUUACAGCUCAUCUAGUGAAAGCCCAUCAGUGGCCUCUUCAGAUCCAGACUACAGGCUAGCUAAGAAACCCGGCGAAGUGACAAGGUACGGCUCCCAGCUGGCGCUUGCAGAACAAGACGCCCUGUCACUGAGAAGCCACAACUCACAGAGACACAGGCAAAAUGAAGGGCCUGCUGAUGAAAGUGCUGAGAUGCUCCUCCAGAGGCAAGAGGAGGAGGUGCAGCGGCUGCAGACGCAACUGGCCAAUCGGCUAUCCAGGUCCAACUUCUACUCUGCAGACGAGCCCCUGGUCCAACCUCAGGCUUCAGCACUUGACCUUCAGGACCCUCUUUCUACUUCUUUAUCACUCCGCAAAAACAAGAACUAUCAUGGACCCGAGUUUGUGAAGAUGGCCAGCGAGCCAUCAGUAACCUUAUCUGUGCCUUCAUCCAUCAUGCAACCGAAACGAAAUAAGGUUGAAGAAGUGCAAAGGAAGGUGGGUGUUGUGCUCCUGAAUGGGCAGAAACUGGAGCUGGGUUGUGACCUUAAGGCAGUUUGCAAAGACGUUUUUGAUAUGGUGGUGGCUCACAUUGGCCUCGUGGAGCACCAUCUCUUUGGCCUUGCAUACCUCAAAGAAACUGAGUUUUUCUUUGUUGAACCCGAUGCCAAACUCACCAAAGUAGCUCCUGAUGGAUGGAAGGAGCAUCCCAAGAAAAGAAGAACCGACAUGCCUUUCAACCUUUUCUUGCGAAUCAAAUUCUUCCACGAUGAUGUCAACCUCAUACAGCAUGCUAUGACCAAACAUCAGCACUACCUACAACUGAGGAAGGAUAUCUUGGAGGAAAGGAUGCGCUGCAACACAGAAAAUGCCUUGCUUCUGGCUUCCCUGGCAUUGCAGGCUGAAUUUGGUGACUACCAACCUGAGCUUCAUGGGAAGACAUAUUUCAGGCUGGAGCACUACCUGCCAGUGUCCAUCUUGGAUAAGGUGGACCAGACAACUCUUCGGGAAGAACUGCCUAAACUUCACAGUAACUACUAUGGCGCAUCAGAAUCAGAAGCAGAGUUUGAGUUUCUCAAGGCGAGCCAGAGGCUGGCUGAGUACGGAGUCCAUUUCCAUCGAGUCCUUCCAGAGAAGAGGUCUCAAUCAGGCGUCAUGUUGGGGAUCUACUCCAAAGGCGUGCUCAUUUUUGAAGUUCUUAAUGGAAAUCGUACCCCAGCGCUGAGGUUCCCCUGGAGGGAGACCAAGAAGAUUUCCUUUGCAAAAAAGAAAAUUUGCCUUCAGAACACAUCGGAUGAGGUCAAACACCUUUUCCAGACUGACAGCAACAGGACAUGUCAGUAUCUGCUGCAGCUGUGUUCGGAUCAGCACAAGUUCCAACUGCAGUCGAAGGCGCGACAAAACAACCAGGAGCUGCAGGAUCUUGAGAACUGCCCCUUGAGCAGCAUGCAGUACUCCGUAGACUCUCAGGGUGGAGACGCAUCAGCCCGGUUAGCACGUCCCGUCAGCCUGGCCCAGAGCUUAUCCACGCGCUCCAACCCGGAACACCUGAAGAGGAUCUCGUACUCGGAGGUGGCUCUCAACAAGACACCGGCCGGCUCAGUAUUAGUCCACGACGAACUCCACCUUCCAGGUUACAACCCGCUAGCCUCCACCGCCUUUACCAAUCCACGAUUGAUGAGUCGGUCCCACCACAACCUGGCACAGAUGUCGGAGUCGGAGCAGAACCCGGUGUUGGAUUUGCUCCGUUUUUCAAACACCAGAUUGACCCAGCCCCAGUUAAACCAGGCAACUUCCAACUUCCAGCAACAUCAGCGGGCAAGCUCAGACACUGAUUCAAUUUCUCAUCUUCAAGACAAGCCAUUGGGUUCAGUUCUACAGAACAGCCCAUCAUGGCACCUCAGUCAGUCCAAAAAGGAGUCGGACUCAUCUUCCAUUGAGGACAAUGGCCAAGCAUAUGUAGUUGGUGUCAGUAUGCACAGUUCCUCUGGAGCUCCUUCAACUCCAGCUUCUGCUAAUGAUUCUUUGAAGAAAAAGCUGAACGAGCUGCCAUCUCUAGAGAGAGAGAUCACAACUGUAAACUUAAAGAAAGAUGCGAAAUAUGGGCUGGGAUUUCAGGUUGUUGGAGGGGAGAACUCUGGCCGUACAAACCUUGGUACUAUCAUUAGCUCCAUCACUCCUGGAGGUCCUGCUGAUCUAAACGGACUUCUAAAACCUGGUGACCGGCUGAUAUCUGUGAAUGAUAUAAACCUGGAUGGAUAUCCUCAUGAUGAAACUGUUAACAUCCUUCAGAGCACUCCUGAUGAUGUCACUCUGGUAGUGUCACAACCAAAAGAGAGGCUCUAUCAGGAUAAACAUUCUUCUCCAUUUCUUCCCCAACCACCCAAAUCAUAUUUUAAUUCACCUAAACUUGCUCAGAGACCAGAGCUAGAGGUUGACCUGUCAUCAGAGGAACAUCAUGGCACGGUCAGCCCCGGCCUUCCGCUCCAGGGCGCCGGCACUCCCGCUUCUGCCUCCUCUCCGGCACGUCAGCGCAGCAACCUUGGCUCUCAGGAUUCCAGGAUGAGCAGCUCGGCUAAAAUCAAUCAGCCGCCUCGCGAUAUAAUUCAGCAGGCCUUGGAAAGAGUAAAAGCUGCUUCCUCCUCUGAAACCGCUACAGAAUCUCGAGGACCGGAGCCAAAGGUUGAAUUGAAUCAGUUGCCUCCGGCUCUGCCGCCGAAAACUAGAAGAGUCAAACUUUCAGUAGUCCCUCCGGUUUCUGAGCAGUCCGACAGGGGAGAUACAGACAUGGAUGAAGAGACUUAUUCCAGUAGUCAAGAAAAAGUGAAGGCAAAAAAGGAAAACGUCACGGAAAAUUUAAAUGGUAAUGCCCCAGGGGUCAAUAGUCUCCGUCCAGGAGAUCUAUUUGACGUUGAGCUGUCCAAAAUAGACAGCAGCCUGGGCAUAAAUGUCACGGGUGGAGUUAACACAACAGUGCGACAUGGAGGCAUCUAUGUCAAAGCCCUUAUACCUAAAGGAGCUGCAGAGCUCGAUGGGAGGAUACAGAAAGGUGAUCGAGUACUAGCGGUCAAUGGAAAGAGUCUAGAGGGAGCUACUCAUCACCAGGCUGUUGAUGUCCUGAGAGACACAGGCCAGACGGUUCACUUGCGCCUGGAGAAAGGUCUUUCACCUGUGAACAGCAAUCAAGCUCCUUUCACCCCUCAACCCAAGACCCGCAUUUCUGCCAAUAACCACACUCAAACAAAGGACAAGGAGCAGCCGCCAGAGGCCAAAGAUAAACCCGAGUACAGCUUUGUCACGCAAGCAGAGCUAAUGAUUUCUUUGUUGAAGUCAGAAAAAGGCAGCCUUGGUUUCACCCUCACCAAAGGCAACGAUCAAGGGUGUUACAUCCAUGACAUUGUCCAGGAUCCGGCCAAAGCAGAUGGAAGGCUUAGGCCUGGUGACCGAAUGAUCAAAGUUAACAACACAGAUGUGAGUUCAAUGAACCACACUGAGGUGGUCAGUCUAGUCCGUGCUGCCCCUCCUCUUGUUGAUUUGGUGGUUGGAAGGAUUCUGGAAGCUCCCAAGUUCCCAGUGGAAGCCCACCUGCUCCCUGAUAUUUGCUUCAGGAGCAGCCAGGAGCCACUGGGAUUGGUCCUAGAUGGGGGAAGGAACAGCAUUUAUGGGGUCUUAUUUGUAAAAAAUGUCAUACCAGGUUCACCAGCAUCAAAAGAGGGAAGCUUGAAACCACUUGACCUUAUCCACUACAUUAAUGGGGCUCCAACCCAGGACCUAACUCUGAGUGAGAGUACCAGACUCCUGGAGCUCUCCCUGAACGACCUUUGUCUGAAGGCUACAAGAGAUGGAAUGCCUGUAUCUCCUGAACAUAAACAUGUCACUUUUCUGGACAACAUUGGCUCCAAGCUGUCAUCCAGCAUGAAUGGGUUUCUUAAAAGGAACGGUUCCAGAGACACUGAAGAUCUUGCCGGACUUUGUCCUGCAGAGGAGGCGAUUAUAAGGUUGGAUCUAGAGAAGCCACCGUCUGGAGGUCUUGGUCUCGCUCUAAUCGGAGGGGAGAGGGGAAUCUUUGUGAAGUCCAUCACUCCAGGUGGCAUCGCAGAGUCCUCAGGACAGCUGCAGGUUGGAGACAGGCUGCUUAAAGUAAAUGAUGACCUAAUGACUAAUAUCUCCCACAACAAAGCUGUCACUACCAUUCGAAAAGCUAAAGGCCUGGUACAUCUGAUUGUUUCAAGACCUCCUGACCAGAACCCAAACACAUACCUGGCCCAUCUACCUAUAAACUCUGACAAGUGCAAUGGUAACACAGAUCUGAGUGAGGACAGUGGUGUGACUAAGCUUCGGAUGUUGGUUGAACAGAAAUCCACCAACAUUCCUACCAUACCGCCAAUAGACUACGACAAUGGUCAUCUGGAGGAGAAAAAAGACACAGAGCUUUCAGAGGACACAGACUGUGAUGGAUCCUCUUUACCUGAAGACUCUCCUGUGAGUUCUCGGAAAGCAAUGUGGCAAGAAGAGAGUGUUGACAGCCCAAGGGAUGAAAACAGCUACCUGCAGAUGAGUGCGGUGCAGCCAGAAGAUGAGGACUUGACAUGGGGAAGUGAUGAGCUCCCCAUAGAAAAGAUCAGCUCCCAGUCAACAGAUGACAAGUCAAUCAUCACUAAGGAGGAGCUGACCACUUUACCCCUUGUCAGAGUGGUUCCUGGUGGCCAGUACACAGGAACUAAUCUCCACUCUAAAGUCCGUGUGAUAAGGGGGCUCCUGGACCAGAAAAUCCCACUUCAAGAAUUUGAAAACCUUCAGAAUCUACAGCCACUCGAUGACUGCUUAGUCGGUCAGACCAAGGAGAACAAGAAGAAGAACCGCUACAAGAACAUUAUUCCAUUCGACACAACUCGUGUGGUUAUUGGCAAAGAUGGCGGAUACAUUAACGCCAACUUCAUCAACAUGCAAGUGAAGAAUGAGCACUUCAAGUACAUCGCCUGUCAGGGACCUUUGCCCACCACACUGGGCGACUUUUGGCAGAUGGUGUGGGAGCAGAAUUCCAACGUGAUAGCUAUGAUGACUCAGGAGAUUGAGGGCGGCAAAGUGAAAUGUCAGCGGUACUGGCCGGACACGCCGAGGACGGCGGAGAUGGUGGACGACAGGUUGCAGAUAACGCUCGUCAAAGACCAGCACCUAGACCACUUUGUCAUUCGCCUCAUUGAGGUCAAAGAUGUCCAGACUAAUGAAACGAAGCUUGUAACUCAUCUGAACUACACCGGAUGGCCUGACCACGGAACGCCCUCUCAACCCGAGCAUCUGCUCACAUUUAUUUCCUACAUGAGACACAUUCAUCGAUCAGGACCCAUCAUCACACACUGUAGUGCAGGCAUCGGUCGCUCAGGGGCCCUCAUCUGCAUAGAUGUGGUUCUGGGCCUUAUCAGUAAAGAUGCAGAUUUUGAUAUUUCAGAUAUUGUGCGAAAUAUGAGACUUCAGAGACAUGGAAUGAUCCAGACAGAGGAGCAGUACAUUUUCUGCUACCAAGUGGCCCUCUAUGUCCUCAGAUGCCUUAAAGCAGAAGAAAACAUCUCAGGAUAGUAACCAUAUCUUCUAGAUCCUGGGUGACCAGUCAGAGCAAAGCAGGACAUUGCCAAAUUACACUGCUUUUUAAUGCCUUAAUCUAUUUUUUUCUCCAAGAAUAAAUCAUUUAAGAAGUGUACUUUCUAUUUUUGCUUUUUGUUCUCUGUAGCUGCUGCUCUUUUUCACUGCAUUUAUGCAAGCUGCUGAUUGUAUUUCUUAUCAAACAAGAGAACAUUCAUGUUUUAUUUUUCCUUUAGAUUUUUUUUUUUAUUGAUGAUGAAAUGAUUUUAUAUUUUAUGUGGAACCUUUACUUUGAUGCUUGAACUGGCCUUGACAGAAUACUGUGUCAGUAUUUGCUAUGUAAAUCUAUUAUACAGCUAUUACAUACUGCCUGAGGCAAAUGAUAAACUGAAAGUGUACAUAUUAAUUUCCGGAAAAAUUUAACUGGAUAUGUUUGAAAUAUUAUGUAGAGGAAAAUUUCUUUUAAAUAAGAUCAAAUAUUAAAAGUUUUAUUUGUCUUGUCAUAUUUUAUUGUUGCGUUUAUUAUUGCAUUUUACAGCUGUUUCAGUUGCAUUCAUGCCAUGUAAUAUGAUUGCAGUCACACUCCAAGCUUCAAUCAUUUGAUCGUGAAACACAAUUCUGGUGGAUAACAAGCACCCAAAAUGUCAGAAGAAGAAAUGUUGCUGUAUUUACUCUGUUUAUUGCUUCACCCCUGCAACAUAGAUGCCAUAAAAGUGACUGCACUCAAAAAAGUAUUAUAUGGGCUGAACUUGGUAUGUGUUAUGUUGUGCUCUAUUGAAAUGUUAUCAUUUGACUUCAAGUUUACACAAUAAACCAUUUUGAGUCUGAAGACUAUGAAUGAUGUACAUUGCAACUUUCACAAUGUAACAGCCUUUAUGGGUCACUGAAAUACAUUUUUAAACAUAUUUCUUUGAUCUAGUUCUGUAUAUUUUAAGGCAUUUUGAACCCAUAUGCCAGAUUGUAAGCAUUUGACCAUUUAGUGCAGACAGUAGCUGACGACUUCUACCACUACGUGGUGCCAAAAUAUGGAUUUUGUUUUGUCGUCUUUGAGCUAAUUGGAAGUAUUUGUUCUGGCAUAUUUUGUAAUAUUUGGAAAUUACAAUGCAUGGAGUUCCUGUGUAGUCUGGAAAUGUAUGGAACAUAAUUUAAUUUUCUAAGUGCAAAUGUGUUGAAAAUAUAUAUAUAUUUUUUUGGCCUAUAAGCUGUCCUUCCUUUGUCCCUCAGAGUUUCUGUCAUUUUUCUUUUCUCCCUUCAUUCCUUCCUUGUAUCCUACCCUCUCUUCCAUCCAAUCUUAGUUUCUUUUGUCCUUUUUGAGGCCUUUGUCAUACUUUCUUUCCUACCUGCUCUCAUUUGUUCCCUCCUUCUAUUUUCUUGUUUUUUGCAUAUUACAUAUUUCUAGGCCUGUGUGCUGGCAUAUUUAUUAUAUUUUUUGUGAACUUUAGUAUUUCAUUUAAGUCUAUGCAAAGGAAUUGAGAAAACAGGUUGAGAAAAGUAGAAUUUUUUUACAUGAAAAGUAUGUAGGAACCCUGUAUGCAGAAUCACUGUUAAGAAAAUAAAACUUAAUAUUCUCUGAUAUG